AGCAUAAUUGUUUGCUGAAUAAAAUGUCAAACGGCCCAUCUUCGGAAGCGCCUAUGACAAUAUACAGUUCAUAUCCCAAACCCGAAGCUCAAUAUCAGCAGAUUAUUCAAAAUCCUGAUUUUUUCCUCGACAAGCUUCGCGCCUUUCACGAUUUCUACGGCACAAACUUCCGGGUCCCUAUUGUGGGAGGGAGUUCUUUAGAUCUGCAUCAACUUUUUAUAGAGGUGACCACUCGAGGUGGUAUUGAAAAAGUCAUAAAAGAACGCAGAUGGAAGGAAAUCAUUGCUGCUUUCAACUUCCCAACUUCUAUUACAAGUGCAUCAUUUGUUUUGCGGAAGUACUAUCUCUCGUUGCUUUAUCAUUUUGAGCAGGUUUAUUAUUUUCAGAAAGAAGAACCAACCGUCAUAGCAGCAGGUCAAACAUUGUCAUAUGGGGAUGAUGAUGGUGCUGCAUCUGAGAAGCUCUCAGCAAAUUCUAACUUGGGCGAUGGAAGCUUAAUCUCUGGAACAAUAGAUGGAAAAUUUGAUGAUGGAUAUUUAGUUACAAUGAAGGUGGGAUCUGAAGUUCUGAAAGGUGUCCUUUAUCACUCAUGUCCAGAACAGGAUGCAUACCAAAGUCGUAGCACUUCUGACGAGCCUGUUCACCUUAGCCGGAGAAAGAAUCAUACAGCCGUUAAAGACCCAGCUCAUCCCAAGCGAAAUAGAAGCGGUUACACCUUCUUUUUUGCAGAGCAAUACCAGAUACUGAGGCCUUCAUACCAUGGACAAGAAAGAGCUAUUAGCAAAAAAAUUGGGCAUCUGUGGAGCAAUUUGACAGAGGCUGAAAAACAGGUAUACCAGGAGAAGGGUUUACGAGACAAGGAAAGAUACAAAGCUGAAAUGUUGGAGUACAAGUCAUCCCAACAAACGCAAGGCUAACAGGCUUUAACUGUUGGGUACUUGGGAUGUCUGCUCUCGAGGGACUCCAGGUCUUCAUUUUCCUCCCUCCCUCUCUCGUUUUUAUAUUGUUUGUAGAGAAACGACUGAGAAGUUGCUGCGAUCUUUCUAAUUGACAACGAAGAGGAAUUCAUAUGAACAGAAUGAGAACGUUUUUCCUUGAGGAAUAUGGCAUACCGUAGUUUGUUGUUGCUGACGUUUAACCAUUGACGCUCUUUAAUUUUUCAUGAUCUUUCCUCUA